AUGGCUCAAAUCAUCACCAAUAUCGUUCAGAAUGUCGGAGGCGGCAUUGGCUUUGUAUCAGAAGCGUACAAAGCUCACAAGGCAAACAAGACACAAUCAAAGUCCGAGACGGACUCGCAGCAGCAAGAAAACUCAAUUGGUGAUGCAGUCUCGGCGCUGAAUCCCGAAGAAGAGGCAUGGGCGCUUGAUGAAGCCCAGGACGACCUCAUUGGCGAACCUCAGGCUCAGAACAAAGACGAAGCGACUGAUCCGGCCACUCUUGCAGACGCAUUCAUUUCGAGACUGCCACCCUCCUUGACUGCAGCUGAACCACCUCUUCCAAGAGAAAAGCUGCCCUUCCCGAUCAUAAUUCCACAACGUCGGCCGAAAGAUCGCAGCCGCGGUCUGGUCAGAGCUUACCCUCCCAUCCUCGAGUCCCGCGGUAUCGACCAAACCACUUUCAUCGACUUCAUCGAGACCUUCAACAAGUCCACACAAGCGACAAAGUGGAUCGCAGCCCUCAACCUCGCAUCCAUCGGUACAAUCUGGUUACCUACUGUCACAUCCAUUUUAGUGUCCAUGGCCAUCACUGCAACCACCACAGCAGCAAUGGAGGUUCAAGGCCGGUACAAGACGAACAAAUUCCUGGACAAGAUGAAUAAAGGAUUCUUUAUUCCAAAAGGACUGUUUUGCUUGGUUUUGACGUGGAACCCUGAUACAGAUGAGGCAAGGACUGCUGUAGACUUCAACGGCAUGGCGGCAAAAGUGGUGAAUGCACAAAAUGGAAGUUUCAUGACUUCGCUUCGCAAGUCUAAUGGUAAGACUUAUGGAGAAUUCCAAUGGCCUGAGACGGCACCUUUGAUCUACCCAGGUCUGGAUGCUCUGGUCUCGUCAACAGGUCCAGACGCAUCAUCCACAAAGUCGUCUUUGCAGAAGAAGAGGCGAUUCGUAGAAGACUACAUGGACCGACGAGCUCAAGCCCAUUUUGCGAAAGACAACCCGGACAGCGCUCUUGCUGCAGGUCCAAAGCCAGAGUUUGCUUCUCGUUUUGCUGACCCAAGUCAUCCAGCCAACAACGGUUCGCUGGUCGCGUUGCUGUCGGGUGGAGCGAUUCAGAUACCUGAACGUAACGACAUGUUAGGCGGGCGCGGUGGACCUCUCGGUGGUCGUGGCAGUUUGCAUGGUGCACGCUUCGACCGCAAUGCCAUUUCCGGACGAGGCAUGAGCAGUCGAGGUCCGUUGGGAAGGGGUCUCGGUGGCUUGUUCGAAGUUGCACAACCCCACACACGUCCCUCAAACUCGUCCAGGAGGAUGCAGCAAAGUUCAGGGGCAUUGCGUGGUGGCCGAAGCGGCAGUAGCGCCGGGCCAUUGGGAAUUGUGCAAAAGGUCAUGAAGAAGGAUGUUCUGUACCUGCUUAUCGUCGACAUGCCUUCGGACGAAGAAUUGGCUGCAGCACAAGGAGUUGCUUCUGAGUUGUUGGCGAAUCAGACAAGGAAUUGA